CCCCGCCCCUUCCUGGCCGUGCUUUACGGCUGUGUUGGUGUUUUACGACCGCGGCCGGCGGCGCGGUGCGGGGGCCAUGGCCGGGGCCGAGCGGGACCUGCACGGGAGGGGCGAGGAGGAGGAGGAGGAGGAAGAAGAGGAAGAGGAGGAGGAAGAAGAAGAAGAAAAGGAGGAAGAAGAAGAGGAAGAAAAGGAGGAAGAAGAGGAUGGUCCCGAGGGCUCCCCCGCUGCCGAAGCCCCCUCCGACCCCCCCUCCAAGCCGGUGGUCCCGGGGGUUCUUUAUCUGUCCUUCCUCCCGCCGGGGUUCGGGCCCCGCCAGGCCCGGGCGCUGCUGCGGCCGCACGGGGAGCUGGGCAGGGUCUUCCUGCAGCCCCGCGGAGGCUCCGUGCGGCGGCGGCGGCAGCGCCCGGGGGGCCCCCCGGCCGUGGCGUUCGCCGAGGGCUGGGUGGAAUUCCGGGACAAACGCGCGGCCAAACGUGCGGCCAAAAUCCUGCACGGGGCCCCCAUGGCCCCCCGGCCCCGCAGCCCCUUCCGCCAUCACUGCUGGAGCAUCAAGUACCUGCCCGGUUUCCGCUGGCCUCACCUGAGCGAGCGCCUCAGCUACGAGCGCCAGGUGAGGGCUCAGCGCCUCCGCGCCGAGGUGGCCCAGGCCAAACGGGAGGGGGGGUUCUACACCCAGCGCGCCUCCAAAAUGGCCAAAGAACCCCCCAAAACCUCCGGAGACCCCGCCAGACCCUCCCCAACCUGGGGCUUCGCCCAAAGACCGACCGAGGAGGAGAUCUGGAGGCGCAAAGCUCGGCCCCCGCCGGCCGCGCCCCCCCAGAGCCUGCUGGAGAAGGUGUUUGGGAUAGGGAGGUGAGACCCCCUCCUCACAUUUGGGGGUCCCAGGUGUCUGGGAAGGCCCCUUCGCACAUCAGGGCCCUGUCUGGACACCGCUCCCUUCCUCAAGGACCACAGAAUGUUUUAUUUUUUUUUCUCCUUAAAACUUUUAUUACUUUUAACAAAAAUAA